AGCAGAGGAGACCUGAUGUGCGAUGGCUGCUGCCAGGAGGCCGCCAUUGUCGGCUACUGCGACGCCAAAUACGUAUGGGCAGCCACAGCCGGGGGCGUCUUCCAGAGCAUUACGCCAGUAGAAAUAGAUAUGAUUGUAGGAAAAGACCGGGAAGGUUUCUUUACCAGUGGUUUGACUCUUGGCGCAAAGAAGUGCUCAGUGAUCAGAGAUAGCCUAUACGUGGAUGGUGACUGCACAAUGGACAUCCGGACAAAGAGUCAAGGUGGGGAGCCAACAUACAACGUUGCCGUCGGCAGAGCUGGUAGAGUCUUGGUCUUUGUAAUGGGAAAAGAAGGGGUCCAUGGAGGCGGAUUGAAUAAGAAGGCAUACUCAAUGGCAAAAUACUUGAGAGACUCUGGGUUCUAG